AUGGAUCCAGAGAACUUGGAUGGACAAGUUUGCCUUCGAGAGCCAGUUGUCAAGACCAUGCUGGAUCCGAGAUUCGAGCAAGCAGAUCGGCGAAUCAGAGCGAAAAUGCUGUUUGAGAAAACGACACUGAUCAAGCCAGACGGCCGCUGCUUCGAGGAGCUCAAAAGAGAAGUCAUCGAAGAAGGAAGGAAAAUUAUCGAAAUGGAGAUGAACCUGCUCAACAUGAAAAGACUCAAGAUCUCGGAAGCGGUCGGGCAGAUUAUGACUUUUUGCAUCGACAAUGAGCGUGAGUCUCUUUUCUUUCGAUGGAAAACCUGUGACGAAAACCUUACUUAA